UUUACAAGCUUGGUGCCAGAAAGAUGGUAGUUUUUCAACUUGGGCCACUAGGUUGUUGGCCGUACGUUCUAAACAAGGUAAAAUCAACAAACAACUGUGCUGAAGAUGUAAAUAAAUUGGUUUCUACGUUCAAUGAGAAGCUCGGUGCCGAGGUCAAAGAACUAAGUGAAAAACUAGAGGGAUCAUCAUUUGUGACAGCAAGAAUAUUCGAUCUCAUUAGAAGCAUGAUCCAAAAUCCGAAGGAUUAUGGCUUUCAAGAAAUAAGAUGGCCAUGUUGUGCAACUGAAGAAAACGGAACCGGGUUAUGCAUAGAAGCUAACAAAUUUAAGGGCGAAGUAUCUCCUGAAGUUGUGAAAGCGAUGAUGCCUCCCGGCUUGGAUGUAGACCAAAGGGUAGCCCAAAUUCAAUUUCGGUGUUUGGAUCUUCCACCUCUUAACAUUACAUUACCUCGAACGAAGGAUGGAAAAGCACUAGCCGCUUUCUGUCCAGAAAGGAAGCUGUAUCUUUUCUUCGACGAACUUCACCUGACCCAGGGCGCUUACAAAGUUAUAGCAAACCAGUGCCUCAACAGUACUACUUCAGGCGGCAUUGGUUCUCCAUAUGGCAUCAACGACUUGGUUGAAGUCAAAUAAGACUGGUGUUGUAGAUGAGAUUCCUCAAACUUGCUUUGAUGGAAAUAAAUUUUUGACUCCUUGAAUUUCACCUUUUGGUUUCCUUCACUUGUCUCCUAGUAGUUUGCUAUGUCGUUUUCAAGGGUUCUGUAUUGUUA